GGCUGACCAAGUAGUACUCUAGAUUGAACCUUUCUUUUGGAUCUCCACUGAAUGAAAGCUUUCAACUCCGUCUGAUUUCCGCCUGAGCCGCAUUGAUCAUUAACGAUGCAUUCACUAGCGCAGGGACCAGACCUUGAACCUAUCAUGGUAUUCAUCCCUAUGCCCAUAUCCAUAUCCAUACCCACAUGCUCGCCCACCCCUGCUCUCACCGCAACCGGACCUUGCGCAAACCUCUGCUCAUCAUGCCUGAUAAGAACGCAGACGCCCUUGAGCGAUUGGCCUUCGCCAUAAGGAACCGCACAAGCCUACUCGCCAACGACAGAACCAUUCCAUCCGUCCCCGUCCAACCCGUUCCUGCCAUAACCCUUUGCCGUCGCAGACUCCCCGAACGUGGGUCCUUUGCAUCUUUGCACCCCUCUCCCACCGAGGACGACAUAGCUAUCGCAGCUCAGCGCCUCUGUAGUUACCGCAGCAUCCUAAUCGAGGAAAUCAGCAACGACGACGCAUUCCACAGUCCACGAGGAUAUCUCAAAGGGAAAUUUUCCUGGCGACUCAAAGCUAUGCUUACGGACGACAACCAUGUCUUAAUGGACCCUAACGCAGGACUGCGACGGAACAUUGACUACACCUCCGUCGAGGAGAUGCACGCUAUCGUGGAGGAGAGGAAGAACCCUUGGGGACAAUCAUUGUUGAGGCAUCAGGUGCAGCAGUCAGCGGAUCCGCGUUUGCAUGGGGAGGCCCAGAGUCGGAGACGGGUGGGAAGGCAGUAUGUGAAGGGGAUAUUGGAGGGAGAAUUUGAGCAUGCUGCUCUCAAGGAAGCGAAGGCGGAUGCAGAGAAAGAGUUGGACGGCUUGCUGUAGGCUAGGACCUAAUUGCUGGAACAUUGGUGUAAGAGUCUGCCCGAUUCUUGAGGUUGGAUGAAAUUUCAAGAAAUGAUUAAGUCCUCGUUGGGUAAAUGGGUGUAUCGUUCAAGCCGCUGUUUAUCCUGGUUGGCUUGCUGUAUCAUAGCGAUAAAUCGCGGCAAUAGUGCGUUAUGAGUCUAGGUAAGGAAUAUUUUGUCGUAUCUGUCAACUCGGGUCGCGGAUUAAAUGUGUAUUGGUAUUGUGUAAGCUUGGUCUCGUUCGAAAAUAAAGUCCAAAAUCGUUCCUUGGGGCGGCCUGGGUGAGUGCAGAACCAGCAGCUGUACUA